UCGUUCACGAAUGUUCUAUCAACUCGAAUCCAAACGUGGGGAGGAAAAAGAAAUAAAAGGAGUGAUAAGAGUGAAGAGACGUAGAUGGACAUUUCCAAAGUCCAAAGUCCAAUCAAAGGGGCACCAAGCCCAAUCCUAUUUUUCUGUAAACAAAAUAAAAGAAGAUAAAACGAAACAGAGGAACAAAACCCUCGACAUUCAAUGUCAGUCAGGAAGCGAGGGAGAGAGCGCGCGCGCCCGGGCGUCAGAGAGUUGAAGCGUGUAGAUUCCGAAAUCGUUCACCAUCUUCGACGCUCAUGAACCCAGACGAAACUGAGGACGUCCUACACGGUCACAAUCACCACCUCCACCGUCAAUUGAUGGAGCAGCCGGAAGAAUUACAACCACCACCCCCGCCAGGUCCGCCACAGGCGCACCCAGAACAAUCAUUCUCUCUCCCUUCGGUUCCUAGAAUUAUGGUUUUCCGAGACGAAGAUGACGAAGACGAAGACGAAGACGAAGACGAAGACGAAGACGAGGACGAAGACGAGGACAAGGCCCCAGCUCUUCAGAUGCCGACGACGCUCACCACCGUUCUACCGCUGCCGGCGCCGCUGCCACCGACGUUGUUCCUGCUAACAUGCACCAACACCCCCCGACGUACAUUAACCCCGAACCCCACAUCUCCACCCAAUUCUACACCUUCAAUCGAGAGUCUCAUGCCCUAAUGGUCCGCUGCAUUUUAGAGCGCCGCCUCGCUACGCCGGACGAGAUCCGCUGCGCCACCCCUCGGCCGGUCCUCAGGAGCUGGCGCUCCGUCUGGAAGGACCGCAACGAGGACACUGCCUACCUGACGGCGUGGAAGCGCAUCCAAGACAAGCUCAACGCACACGUCGACGAUCAAGGCAACGAAGUCUUGUACUUCAAGAACAACUCUCAGCAGUAUGUAUCGCACAUCAAUCAGUGGCAAGAUAUCGUCAUGAGCUUCCACGGAGACGCCGAUCUCAAGCAUUUAGGGCUUAAGGAGACCAUCGAGCGGAUCAAGCAGGUAUGGACCGUCGGUGCCAAAUUUUACGGGAUCCCUGAAUCAUUUAUUAGGGUUUCUGUUGCGUCCUGUCCUGUUUGCUCAGACGCGUCAGGUUCUGCUCCGAGGACUAAAAGGCGGAGAUUUGAGUACACUGAGUCCUUUGAUGUUCCCGCCAAGGAGGUUCCUCACCGCCUCCAGCAGUUGGCUGCGAAGCACAAGGUUGUGCUUUGUAUUCGUCAGAAGUAUAUUAGGUACAAGCCGUUCAUGGCGGAGGUUAAGGAUUAUGCUUGUCAUCGGGCUGGGGAGCCCGCAGCUAAGAAAUCAAGGAUUUUGAAGAGGGAGCCUUAUGCGUCCAAGCGAUGUGGGUGUGGAUUCCGUAUUAGGGCAAUUGUUCCAAUUGCAAAUUAUAAUGAGAAGGACAAGACAUUUGUGUACCAGGAAGAAGGGAUGGCUGUCUUCAAGCUGUAUGCCGUGCACUCUGGGCACGAGCCCGGGCCAUUGGAUGGGAACGCGAGAAUUAUACAUAGGGUUGUCGGGCAUAAAGGUGCAUUCUUAAUGGAUCAUGAUACGAUUUAUGGGAUGAGUGAUGAUACUGAGACGGGUGCAUUUGGUCUGAUAGGUAAGGACGAGGGGGAUUCACAGCUUCAAGUUUUGCACCGGGUGCAGGAACUUAAGGUUGAAGUUGGGUUGCUGGAAGGGAAAAUUGCCAAAAUGCCACAAGAUCUAUUGGGCUCAUUGUGUCGACAACUUUCAGAUAUUUUGAAUAGGCUUAGGAGUAUAGGAGAGGAUGCUUCUAGGCCGGUUGAAUUGCUUCGUGAAAAGCAGCAUUCAGAUGAUGUGGUGGUGGGAGACAGUGAGCUGGCACAUUGGAGUGACCACCAUGACGGGAUAUAUGGUGAUAGUAAGGAUGCUGAGUUGCUCGAGGAAGAUGAAGACAGUUUUGAGCGUACACUUGAAGAUGUUGUUCCUUGGGAUCGGAUGCAGACAGACUGUACUAGUAGAAAGGAUCUGAUGAGUGAUAAUUGCAAAUCUGAUAAAUGGUUGAAGGAUGCAUGUGGUGAGUUUGAUGAGAAGAGAAUCCUUGACUGUGAAGAUUCUAAGUUGAUCAAACCCAUCAGGCAUGAUGGGGCAAUAGUGACAGAUGCUUGUCUUGUUGGUAUACAGGUAGAGAGUUUCUACCCAGAUAAUCCUAAGUGGUAUGAUUCUCCUUGUGGUUUGGAUUCUGGUGCAGAUUGUGGUGAUAGUGGAUUCAGACAUGGGGAAAUUGUUUAGGGUCCUAGAGAAUCAGGUUUAUUCAUCUGGCAGAUUUAGAGCUCUAUAAGGGACCAUUUUCCCUUUCUCAACAUUGGAAGUGGAGUUGUAAAUUAUGUAUACAGAAGAUUGGAACCUCCAACACAUGCUUUGAUGUCUUUACUGUGUGGUGGUUCUGUGAAGUAUCGCAGUUGGGCUUCUAUUCCCAGGGUUUCUUUGUUAACCAUUUUAACCAUUUUCUUGGCCUUUGAAAGUUCAAGCAUGGAUUCAUUUAUCAAAAAAAAAAAAAGUUCAAGCAUGGUCUUCUGACAAUGCAUAUAAGUGCUUUCUUUAUCUGUUGUUCAUUGGGGUUAUUGUGAUCCUAGUUACAAUUAUCUUGGCUUUCUACCCUUCCCAAUUUCAUUUUAAAGAUUGGGUGUACAUGGAAUAAUUUCUUUGGGAUGCCUUGUUUAUCUCUUUCUGCUUACCACAUGCAUCCAUUGAAUAUGAUAUUGCAGGAAGAUGGUAUUAACAUCUAAACGAUCUUAUAGUGUAUAUACUUUUUUUUCAACACUAGCUUUCAUUGUUCUGCUUGUGCUAAUUAAUACAAAGAUCAUUUUACUCA